UUUGCUUACGUGGUGGAUAUAACCCGACUUGGCGGCGAGCCCGCAUCCAUCGUAAACUUUUUUUUUUCUUUUCCUGCGGAGUGGAUAAGAUUGCGACUGAUAACAAUGCUACCAUGUUGACUUGCGCCCCGUCUGGUUGGAAUUCCUAAUGCGGCUUUCGCCGGGGAAACUCACGUCGUGGUGCGGCCAUACCAAAGCAAGGUAUAAACGUCGGCGCCGUUCUUACGAUGACGAUCCAACAUUGCCGCCAAACCGAGCCUCAGGAAACACUCGAGACACGUUGACGCGCAUUUUGCCAAUAUGGGCACCGCUUGCCUGGCACUCCGGCCCAGUUACGACAUCGUCCCGCCCGGAGACCAAGUACCUCUCCUCGGGGGUGUCAUCGUGGCGAUGGAGCCGGCGGCGGCGUCUUCGAAGAGGGAGUUGGCGCCGCGGGCCUUUUCUUGAACACUGCCUCGCGGGGUAUGAAGGUUGGCACGUUAUACGCAUGGCGCCGAUUGCACCAUGGACUACGCGAGCACAGCAGACUGGCCCAACACAAAGUGAGCACAUGCGAGACGAAUCGGUUGUUUGGAAAGCCGGCAUCGGCUUUCUAAGCUUUUCUCCACAUCAAGCUGCCCUCGAUGACACGCCGAGGAGCUCGCAGGAUAAGCCGAUGCUGUCGAGCCAUAAUCACAAACCGGGCCUGCAUGCGUUAGGAGUUCUCGAAGCAUAGCAUGAAGCCCUUCUGGACCUGGAAUCGUGACAGCCAUUGCUUCACGCCACUUCUGUGGUUCACGAUAUCCGUCCCCAGUGAUGCAGCAGUUCCCGUAACUCGCAUCAGAUAUUUAUUUCGAAGGCCCAAGGCCGAAGUCUCACUGAGACCGACUGACGCAUGGGUGGUCGAUAUACACUCCCACUUGCGUUCACGAAACCAUGGAAUCAAUAGGUGGAGGGCCGCAUAUUGUCCAAAGCCCCGAAGCCGAGGCGUUCCGACGAGCUGCUGGGGGCGAGGAUGAGC